UGCCAUAUCUUGUCUAUAUAUAAGACACUAGCUUAUGGUGCCUAAGUAUUACUUCUCUAUAAGCACUAGUUUCUCAAUGGCUUUUUCACUUCCCGUAGCCCUCAUCACUACUUACAAAUACCUAUACGGAUGUGCAUUCUUGUACUUCUCUUUAAGCACUAGUUUCUCCAUGGCUUUUUCACUUCUGAGAACCCUCAUCACUGCUUACAAAUACCUACUCGGAUGUGUAUUUCUGUACUUCUCUAUGAGCACUGGUUUCUCCAUGGCUUUUUCACUUCUUAGAACCCUAAUCACUGCUUACUUAUACCUACUCAGAUGUGCAUUUUUGUUUCACAUUCAUGUUGCUCUGAAAUUUCUCAGUAUUGAAACUGUACAAUUAGUUUCUUCAUCAUUAUUACCAUCACAACCUUCUCUCGCCGAAGAAAUUAUCACUAAAGAGUUGGAAUUCAGCGUAAUUCAGUUCGGAGAGAGCAUCAAUUUGAAGAUCAGAAGAGUUAACAUGGCACUUGAUGGAGUAGUACCGUUUAAGCUCCAUCAAAAACUCGCACAAAUCACAUUUUCACUCCUCAGAAUCCUCCUCCGUACUUGCGAAAACAUGCUUGUCCGUGUCCUAAUUUUCCUUCUCAAACAUGUCGCUCUCAAGAUCAUUUUGGCUCAAAAUGACUCACCCUGUUCAGAUCCAAUAAAACCCAACAAGAAUUUCACUUCUACGGAGCUGGAGUGUAAUGGAUCAGGCGAGUUUAAACUAAAAGAGUACAUGAAUUCGAAGCGCAAAAGAGUGAACAGAGCACUUGACGAAGCAGUCCCACUAAAAACACCCAAAAAGAUUUGCGAGGCGAUGAGGUACUCACUUCUUGGUGGAGGAAAGCGGAUACGACCAAUGCUUUGUAUCGCUUCGUGUGAAUUAGUAGGUGGAGAUGAAGCUUCAGCAAUGCCAAUCGCGUGUACGAUUGAGAUUAUUCACACUUGUUCAUUGAUUAUCGAUGAUCUUCCUUGUAUGGACAACGACGAUCUUAGGCGAGGGAAUCUCACUAACCACAAAUUGUUCGGCGAAGAAGUUGCAAUUCUCGCUAGUGCCGCACUCUUCUGUCUUGCGUUUGAGCAUGUAGUGUCUAAGACCAAAAAUGUUCCACCGGACCGGGUGGUUCGAGUGAUCAUGGAGAUGGGUUCAGCGAUCGGGACAGACGGGCUCGUUGCGGGGCAAUUUGGGGAUCUUGAGUGUGAAGGGAAGGAAUUAAGUUUGGAGGAAUUAGAGUACAUUCAUGUACACAAGACCGCAAGGCUAUUAGAGGCGUCCAUUGUUUGUGGAGCGAUAAUGGGAGGGGGGAAUGUGUCGGAAGUCGAAAGACUUAAAAAGUAUGCGAGUCGUAUUGGGUUGUUGUUUCAAGUCGUGGACGAUAUUUUGGAUGUGACACGAUCCACGAAGGAGUUGGGGAAGACUGCAGGCAAGGAUUUGGCGAGCGACAAAGCUACUUUUCCUAAACUGAUGGGGCUUGACAAAGCGAGGAAUUUUGCGCAAAAGCUGGUUGAUCAAGCGGUAGAAGAGCUUGCGCAUUUUGAUGCUGCAAGGGCUGCACCUUUGUAUCAUUUCGCACAUUUCAUCGCUGACCGUCAAAACUAGUGUUGUCGUAAAACCCUAGAUCGAUCGAGUCAUUGCCAAAAUCAUUAUUUAAUCCGGUUAAAGAUAAAAGAAAAUGCAUGAGUCCUAGAUUACUAAGCAAUAAGUGUUGAGUGUGGUAUAUCUGAGACAGACCCACAGACCUGCCUUUCAUAAUUGUACUAAUUUUGGGAGUGUGGGGAGUUAUUGUCUUUGGACCUAUCUCCAAUGCAACUUGUACCAUAACUUGACAUUAAAGCUCUCUAAUUAUUUUGGAACAG